GAUCAGCUUGGCAACAUGGACUGGAGCAAGAGUUUCAGAGUGACCUUUGCAGAUGAGGUGCUGGGCUGGGCUCGAUGGCUGAUCCCUCUGUCUGUGGCCAUUUCCUGCUACGGAGGCCUCAACUCCUCCAUCAUUGCUGCCUCCAGGUUGUUUUUUGUUGGUUCCAGAGAAGGCCACCUACCUAAUGUCUUGUGCAUGAUCCACAUUAAGCGUUUCACCCCAAUUCCUGCCCUGCUUUUCAAUGGAGGCAUGUCUCUGUUCUACCUGUUGGUGCCUGAUGUUUUCCAGUUGAUCAACUACUUCAGCUUUAAUUACUGGUUGUUCAUCGGCCUGUCAAUAGCCAGCCAGAUCUACCUUCGCUUCAAAGCUCCUGAUAUGCGCAGACCUGUUAAGCUCUCUUUGUUCUUCCCAAUCGUUUACUGCUUGUGCAGCAUAUUCCUGGUAGUGGUUCCCCUCUACAGUGACACCAUCAACUCUCUGGUGGGAAUUGGUGUGGCGUUGUCUGGUGCGCCAGUCUACUACAUUUGCAUCCACCUGCCGCCCAGCUCCAGACCAGCCUUCCUCAGAAAAAUGCUUGAUAGGAUCUCUCUGUCCACACAAAAACUGUGCAUGUGUUGUGUGGCCUCACCUGAUAUUGACCUGGACAAUAUAGACCCAGCAAAGAUCGAAUAAUGGACCCGGUGAAAUGCUGUAUUGAGGGAUGCAAGAGGAAGAAUGAACAGGAGUGAAGCUUGAGUGAGUCGCAGACAAUCAGGAUUUAGAUGAGCAUAACUUGAGUAAAAGAAGAACGAUGGCGGGAUGAGCUCAGCACACCUCAUCUCUCUCACACAUGAGCCAUAUAAUUGAUAUUUUGUACAUGAUACACCUCCAACAAACAGCACUGUACAGAUUAACCCUGCUGGAACUCGUGCACAUUCACAUGCUAUUACACAAUGCAUUGUUGGUUGUGCAAUGCCCUCCACACAUGCACCAUACACUGCAACUCACACAGGCACAUAAGCUGACCGAAAGCCUUAGAAUGACACUGCAACAAAUAGAAAAUAACCAGAUCUAGAAGGAACUGACUUGGAAACAAUGCCUGCAGUGAUGUAUUCUCAAACAAAGGAGGUUUCUACAGAAAACACACAAGAAAUGUUCGCCGCAUGGCUUACAUGUGUUGCACCAUGGCUGUCAUGUUAAUGGAGUUACUCUAGCUGAGGAAAGAUGAGCCCGGUUUAUUCAAACCAGUGGUUCCCAACCUUUUUAUAGCUUGUAAAAUGAAGCCUGUGACCACUCACAGGCUGCAAAUGUCACAGGAUGGCAGCCAGCUUAACCAAACAGUAAUUUUUUCCUUCUUAUUUGAAGCAUUUUUAGGUUCCUUAAUAUCGUAAAAUGAGCAAUUAGGAAAAGUCAGAAAAAUAAAUUUCUCACAAUCCCUCAAAUUUAUCUUGCGACCCAGGGGGGUGGGUCCGGACCACUGGUUUAAAUGCUAAAAGGUGCAGACCUCAGGACCUCAGAACCCCCUCACUGCUUGUUUUGAUGGGUUUGCAUUGAUAUCCAGAAACAUUGUUCUUGGACUUGUAAGUUCUUUGUAAACUACAGCAAAUUUGCACAGCUUGUUUUUUCUGUUAUUGUUUACAACAACCUUUUUGUUAUAGAAAAGCUUUAUUCUCAUCCAUUACUAAACAGAAGGGCCAAACAGACAGGUGUAGAGGGUUUGUAAUAAUAAUUAAUUCAGAAGGAGGAUGAGAUUAUUUACAAAAGUGCUGUUAGCUUGUUGUUUGAUUUUGAAUGGUUUUAUUUACCAUGAAUUUGAUUAUGAAUCCGUCAUUAUGUGCAUCCUGCUUCUGUUCACCUCAGUAAUGCAGCUACAUCCUUUGAACGGGCUAGAUUUGAUUUCUGGUGCCUCUUAGUGGACACUAAUAAUAACUGCCAGGGACAAGCUAUAAGAUUGAAGACGUGUCAUUCAAGAGUCCGUCCACAACUUCUUUGUUUUUGUUCAUGCUGUUACUGUCACCGUGUUACCUCCAUUCUGUUUUCAUCCAUUUUCAGACACAAACUAGUGAGGGCAAUGUAACCAGUGUUAACAGAUUUUUAAAGUUUAAACUCAUGUGAUUGUUUCAAAAUUUAAACAACUAUACCUGCAAGUUCUUCUGGGUAAUGUUUUUGUUCUUCAGAACGGGGUCUUCGUAGAUCCAAACCUCAGGAUCAACCAUGCUGAUUAGAGCUGCAAUGAUUUAGCUGUCAACUAUUUAAUUAAUCGCCAGCUAUAUUUAUAACUUAUAAAUCUGUUUGAGUCAAAAAGAAUUUAAAGAAAAGACAGUGAAACUUCUCUGAAUCCAGCUUCUUAAAUGUGAAUAUGUUCUGGUUUAUUUACUCCUAUAUGACAGUAAACUAAAUCUUUGGGUUGAUCGAAGACAGAUAGACAAUGAAAAUAAUUGUUCGUUGCAGCUCCAAAUGCUGAUGUGCAAACUUUGCCCGCUUUUUUCUUGAGAAAUUGUAUCACAGAUGGGAUAUUUAAUGUCAUAUUGCCUUUUGACUAUAUCACCAACUUGGCCCAUUUAUUCAGUGUAUAACCAAAUGUCGUAAACGGGCUGAUAGUUUGGACCAUCUUUCUGCUCAGAGUGCAGUGAACCCAAUGCAAAGUGUCUCUGCUUUCUAGUGAAAAAAUUAUAGCUGUAGUGUGUUGAACUACAUGUAGAAACAAGUUCAACUUUGGUGUUUUGCAUUGUACUGUAAUUCUUAAGAACUGUAUGUGCCUUCUGUGAGUAUGGUCUGCCAAAGGCCCUGUCUAUUUUUGAUAUUGUAACGUAGCUUUUGUGUACAGCGUCUUGAACACAAUCGUGUUGACAUGUUGCUGUAGAGUUUUCCAAUUGGCUUUUUAGGUGGUCAGUUAGAAAACAAAGUGAAGCAGUUUCAGAUGUUGUAGUUAAGGGCAUUGUCAAUAGGAAACAUCCAGGCCUUAUAUUGAACCAUAUUUAGUGUCUUGAUAUAAGCACUUCCACAACACCAGCCAAUAGAAGCACACAUAUUUGUUCAAUGUUGCUUUCUCUGUGGUCAAACUUCUUAUUUGAUAAACCAAACUAGUAUGUAGUGUAUGUUGUUAAGAGACCACCAUGUAUCUGCAGUAAACACAAAGAAUAUUUUAAAAGCAUUUCCAUAUAUUGUCAUGUUGUAAACUUUGUUACACUCAGAAAACUUGAAUGUUGCAGUGGAACGUGCGCUGGACCUGUCUCAUUGGGUACCAAAUGUAGGUUUUCUGGUUGAGUUUUGUUUGACAACAUUGUGUUUUGUGUUAUUUGUAGAACUGUCUUUAAGUGCUUCCUUUUGUUGACUGUUUUUAUUUAUCGUAUUAUGACAUAGAGAAACAAAAUGCAUUUCUGUGGAGGAAGUCUUAACCGAGGCAGGAAAGUGCUGUGUUUUAUUUUGAAAUAAAGGCUACAUUUCAGUG